AGAGAGAGAGGGGGGAAAACACACCUCUAGUUUGAAACCGUUUGCCUCAGAAGGCAGUGUGUGUCCUCUGGGCAUGGGCAGAGUGCUUCCCCCCCAUGAGGUAUCUGCAUAUCCAGGAGGACCGCGGGAUUUUGUAAAUAUAUUUUGUAAAUACAUCCUGGAAAUAUGUAUUUACAUGGUUUAUACAAGGUUGAGAGCAGCUGUCCAUUAUACUGUUGCUUGUCUCUGUGAAGACGUUGCCCAAGACAAAGAAACACAGUUCAGUAAACAAGCCAUUGCAGCUAUUUCUGAGAUCACCUUCAGACAGUGUGAAAUGUUUGCGAAAGACCUUGAAAUGUUUGCAAGGCAUGCAAAACGGAGUACUAUUAACGUUGAAGACGUGAAGCUUUUGGCAAGGAGGAGUAGCUCACUGCUGUGCUACAUCACCCAGAAGAGUGAAGAACUGACUAUAAAUAACCUGGAACAGAAAGAGAAAAAGAAAAAGAAAUCGGUUUCUAAGAAAGGGAGAAGCGUGUCGGAGGAGCAAGCGGAACCUGUGGGGACUGAGAAUGAAGAUUCCAACAUGGGAUGAUGCCCCUCCCCCCAUGUCGCCAGAUCAAGAUAGAGUUCUCCUUCUCUCCUUGGAGCGGUGCAGAUAGGCUGUUAACAUAGGAUGCCAGUUCAUUGCUUCCUUUACAUUGGAACUCUGGUUUUCCCUGAGUAAGCACAAAUAAAUUUGAAUACAAGUUUUGAUUGCAUAGAGUGGCUAUAGAAAAUGUGCUUUAAACAUUUUGGAAAGAAAAUACAUAAAUUUUAAAAAGAAUGCCAUAAGAAUGUCAGUCAUUUUUAUCGUUUUAUAGUAGGAGGUCUCUAUUUUAUUUAAAAUAUUUUUACCUCACCUUUCUGCUUAAAAGGACCCAUUAUUGGUUAAUAUUAGUCGUCAUUACAUUAAAUAUUUAUUGUCUUGGCAAAAGUAUGGGGGGUGUGAGACAAAACAUUAAAGCAUUUUGAAGACUCAAA